AUGGCGGGUAUAGAUACGUCAAGAUUUACCUUGAGUGGUGCAAUACUACACAUGGUGGCCUUUCCUGACAUACAAGAAAAGGUGCAAGAAGAAAUUGACAGAGUUGUUGGCAGGGAUAGACUUCCUGGCAUUAAUGACCGGCCAAAUUUUGGUUACACUGAAGCUGUGUUGCAUGAAAGUAUGCGUCUGGGAACAGUAGUUCCAUUAGGAUUACCACAUAAGACUAUGGGUGACACUGAAGUUGACGCUUGGGACGAUGUUGAUCGUUUCAUUCCUGAACGUUAUUUAGACGAGAAUGGAAAACUUGGGCCUAAACCAAAGAACUGGUUGCCAUUUUCAGCGGGAAAGAGAGUAUGCCUCGGUGAAUUUGUAGCAAAACCGGAGCUGCAUUUGAUCUUUGCCUGCUUGAUGCAGCGUUAUAAGUGGAGAAUGAUUUCUGGGAAGUGCCCGGAUUUAGCGCAAGUUGGCGGUGCAAAUGGUCUCAUCUACAAGCCGUAUAAGGUCGUCGUAGAAAAGAGAAUUGAAAUGAAACAGAAGAACGAGGCUUAA